GUUCUGGAUUGCCAAUCAGGCCGAGUGGUUUGAGGACCACGUCAUACAGCGCAAGAGGGAGCUGUGGCCACCUGAGAGGGAGGACCAGAAAUUCUGAGCGGAGUCAUUCGGAGUGUCAAAAAGGAUGGGGAGUGGAAGGUGCUCAUCAUGGACCACCCAAGCAUGCGCAUUUUGUCAUCCUGCUGCAAGAUGUCUGACAUCCUAGCUGAGGGAAUCACCAUUGUCGAAGACAUCAACAAGCGGCGAGAGCCCAUCCCCAGCCUGGAGGCCAUUUAUUUGUUGAGCCCCACAGAGAAGUCGGUGCAGGCCCUGAUUGCAGACUUCCGGGGGACCCCGACCUUCACCUACAAAGCAGCACACAUCUUCUUCACUGACACCUGCCCUGAGCCCCUGUUCAAUGAGCUGGGCCGCUCCCGUCUGGCAAAGGUGGUCAAGACGCUGAAAGAGAUCCACCUUGCCUUCCUCCCCUACGAGGCCCAGGUGUUCUCCCUAGAUGCCCCCCAUAGCACCUACAACCUCUACUGCCCCUUCCGGGCAGGUGAGCGGGCACGGCAGCUUGAGGCACUGGCCCAGCAGAUCGCCACACUUUGUGCCACACUGCAGGAGUACCCAGCCAUCCGCUACCGCAAGGGCCCAGAGGACACGGCCCAGCUGGCCCAUGCAGUCCUGGCCAAGCUGAACGCCUUCAAGGCAGACACUCCCAGUCUGGGCGAGGGCCCUGAGAAAACCCGCUCACAGCUGCUGAUCAUGGACCGGGCGGCUGACCCCGUGUCCCCACUGCUGCACGAGCUCACAUUUCAGGCCAUGGCCUAUGACCUGCUGGACAUUGAGCAGGACACGUACAGGUAUGAGACCACCGGGCUGAGCGAGGCCCGUGAGAAGGCCGUGCUGUUGGAUGAGGAUGAUGACCUGUGGAUGGAGCUCCGGCAUAUGCACAUUGCAGAUGUGUCCAAGAAGGUCACGGAGCUUCUCAAGACAUUCUGUGAGAGCAAAAGGCUGACCACUGAUAAGGCCAACAUCAAAGACCUGUCCCACAUCCUAAAAAAGAUGCCGCAGUACCAGAAGGAGCUGAACAAGUAUUCUACGCACCUGCAUUUAGCCGACGACUGCAUGAAGCGCUUCAAGGGUUCCGUGGAGAAGCUGUGCGGUGUGGAGCAGGACUUGGCCAUGGGCUCCGACGCAGAGGGCGAGAAGAUCAAGGAUGCCAUGAAGCUGAUUGUGCCAGUGCUGCUGGACGCAGCAGUGCCCGCCUACGACAAGAUCCGGGUCCUGUUGCUCUACAUCCUUCUACGGAAUGGUGUGAGCGAGGAGAACCUGGCCAAGCUGAUCCAGCAUGCCAACGUGCAGGCCCACAGCAGCCUCAUCCGGAACCUGGAGCAGCUGGGGGCCACAGUCACCAACCCUGGGGGCCCUGGGACCUCCAGCAGGCUAGAGCGGAGGGAGCGCUCAGAACCCACCUAUCAGCUGUCGCGCUGGACCCCAGUCAUCAAGGACGUGAUGGAGGAUGCCGUGGAGGACCGGCUGGACCGCAAGCUAUGGCCCUUUGUGUCUGACCCCGCCCCCAUGCCCAGCUCCCAGGCUGCUGUCAGUGCCCGCUUUGGCCACUGGCACAAGAACAAGGCCGGCGUGGAGGCGCGGGCAGGGCCCCGGCUCAUCAUCUACGUCAUGGGCGGUGUGGCCAUGUCAGAGAUGAGGGCCGCCUAUGAAGUGACCAGGGCCACCGACGGCAAGUGGGAGGUACUCAUUGGCUCCUCACACAUUCUCACUCCAACCCGCUUCCUGGACGACCUCAAGAUGCUGGACCAGAAGCUAGAGGACAUUUCCCUGCCUUGACCCUCCCACCCCCACCCUGCGCUGCCCCCCUCCCUUUCCAGAAAAAUAAACUCUCUUCUGUCUGGG